AUGGCGCCGCGCCGCGCGUCUCGUCCCGCGCUUCAAGCCGGCCUCGCCGCAAUCCUCGCGGCUGCCGCCCUCAUUGCCGCAGUCUUUCUCCUCCCUUCCGCAGAAGCCAGCGCCUCUGUCGUGUACGACUCCGUGGUCGCAUUCAAAGGCCCAAUGAGAACAACGGAUAACGCCAGCCUGAUUUUCUACAACGCGGUGUGCGACGACGUGGAUCGCAGCGUGUUCGCGAAUGGGAGUAAAGUCAGCGCGGAGAUUGCGUGGGACGGUUUCGAGCGCGCGGACCGAAAGUGCAGCAGCAUCUCCUUCCACUCCACGCCGGGCUGCGCGGGACGCCCCUACAUGACGUACCUGCGCCCUCCGUGGAACAUCACUCACGUUCCCACCACGUGGAUGCUCUCUGCCGCCGACUUGCCAGCGUCAGCGAGAUGCGAGGAGGGUAAGUUGCGAGAUUGA